AUGGGCAGCAAGGAAGAUGCGGGCAAGGGGUGUCCGGCGGCCGGCGGCGUCUCCAGCUUCACCAUUCAGUCCAUCCUGGGCGGGGGCCCCUCGGAGGCGCCACGGGAGCCCGCCGGGUGGCCCUCCAGGAAGCGCAGCCUGUCGGUGUCCUCGGAGGAGGAGGAGCCGGACGACGGCUGGAAGGCACCCGCCUGCUUCUGCCCAGACCCGCACGGCCCCAAGGAGCCGGGCCCCAAGCACCAUCCCCCCAUCCCCUUUCCUUGCCUGGGUACUCCCAAGAACAGCGGAAGUGCGGGGCCGGCGAGCUCGGAGCGCACGCCUUUCCUCUCUCCUUCGCACCCGGACUUUAAGGAAGAGAAAGAGAGGCUCCUGCCCGCGGGCUCGCCGUCGCCGGGGCCCGAGCGGCCGCGGGACGGCGGAGCCGAGCGGCAGGCGGGCACCGCCAAGAAGAAGACGCGCACGGUCUUCUCGCGCAGCCAGGUGUACCAGCUCGAGUCCACCUUCGACAUGAAGCGCUACCUGAGCAGCUCGGAGCGCGCCUGCCUCGCCUCCAGCCUGCAGCUCACCGAGACCCAGGUCAAGACUUGGUUCCAGAAUCGCCGCAACAAGUGGAAGCGGCAGCUCUCGGCAGAGCUGGAGGCGGCCAACAUGGCGCACGCGUCGGCGCAGACUCUGGUGGGAAUGCCACUGGUGUUCCGGGACAGCUCGCUGCUGCGCGUGCCGGUGCCGCGCUCGCUCGCCUUCCCCGCGCCGCUCUACUACCCGGGCAGCAACCUCUCGGCCUUACCUCUCUACAACCUCUACAACAAGCUCGACUACUGA